GAUAUGGCGCCCUCCAGGAGUCGCCUGGUUUCCCUGACAAUUUUGGGGUUAUUGCUUUGUGGGGUUCCUUGGAUCUACGGGCGGCGGAGCGACGUGCGCAUCAUCACGGACGAAAACUGGAAACAGUUGCUGAAAGGAGAGUGGAUGAUAGAAUUUUAUGCUCCAUGGUGUCCUGCUUGUCAAAAUCUUCAACCAGAAUGGGAAAAUUUUGCUGAAUGGGGAGAAGAUCUUGAAGUUAAUGUUGCAAAAGUAGAUGUCACAGAGCAGCCAGGACUGAGUGGACGUUUUGUAAUAACCGCUCUUCCUACUAUUUAUCAUUGUAAAGAUGGUGAAUUUAGGCGUUACCAGGGCCCAAGGACUAAGAAGGACUUCAUAAACUUUAUAAGUGAAAAAGAGUGGAAGGUUAUUGAACCUCUUUCAUCAUGGUUUGGCCCAGGUUCCAUGCUGAUGAGUAGCAUGUCAGCACUCUUUCAGCUAUCUAUGUGGAUCAGGACUUGCCAUAACUAUUUUGUUGAAGAUCUUGGAUUACCUGUGUGGGGAUCAUACACAGUUUUUGCUUUAGCAACACUGCUUUCGGGACUCUUUUUAGGACUCUGUAUGAUAUUUGUGGCAGAUUGCCUUUGCCCUUCAAAAAGGCGCAGACCACAACCAUACCCUUCAAAAAAAUUAUUACCAGAAUCUUCUCAACCUUUGAACAAAGUGGAGGAGGAACAAGAAGCUGACGAAGAAGAUGUUUCAGAAGAGGAAGCUGAAAGUAAAGACGGAACUAACACAGACUUUCCUCAGAAUUCCAUAAGGCAGCGUUCUGUGGGCACUUCGCUCACCACGGAUAAAUUGUAGUUUGUUUUAAUGAAUAUUUUUUAAUAUUAUGAUUUUUCACAAACACAGAAGAUUGACCCUUUCUUUUGGUUUGGAGUGAAUUGGAAUUUACUUGUACAUUACAGGGUUCAGUCUAGAUUGCCAUUAA